CUCGCCAUGGCUGUGACUGGUAUCCUAUGGCCUUCUUCUGCAUGAAGGCAACCCGCUCUCGUAGCCCAGGCUGAGAGAAAAUAUUGUGCAGAAGCAUAGGAAUGUGGGAGGCUUGACCAAAAAGAGAACCGAAGGUCCCUACUAUUCUAGGCUCGCCGUCAUAUGCAAGCAGCUAUCCCAUGGGUUGACUGGUCUCGCGGACGAUAAAGUGGCACUGGUUGCUUUUCUCCGAGGGCUGAACUAGAUAAUCAUCCCAUUGAAAUCAUCCUUUUCUCACACAACCCUCUCUUCCUCUCCCUCUUUCUUUCUUGUUGUGAUUUGAAUGUGAGUCCAUUCACGCCAUCCGCAACCAUGGGUGUCUCCAGAUUUUACCGUGUUGCUCUCCUUGGAGCUUCUGUUCACGCCUUAGCAUUUCCCGGGCCCCAGGCGACAGAUCGAGUUAUCAUUCCGUCAGACGCGCAGACUCCUAGACCAACACUUCCCCCGACUCUUCAUCAUGAGCUUUUCAAACGUCAAGUUUCCGGGAGCGCAAGCGGCUCUGGCUCCUAUGGCGAUACUAUCUUCGUUGCCCCAGACAAUACUUGUGGUUAUGUGAGCGGAUUACCAGGCGCUGCUUUUACCUGCGUCGACCCAGCCAAUUAUUGCGUCUUCGUUCCUUCCUCUGGCACGAUACCGGGUGCUGCAGGAUGCUGCAACACCAAACUUUGCGGCUUCCGUGUUGCUUGCAGGGACUAUAGCGAGGUCCUUGUCCAGAGCAAAUGCGAUGAUGGUUGCAUGGCAGACACUUACACCGCGAAGUGCACGGGAACCGACAAUCCCUAUUGCGAAACCAUUGUCUUCCCCGGUGGUAUCACUGAUUACUUCUGCGGCACCCUCAGCGGCUCGCGUAUACAGUCAGCCAAGACAACCUGGGAUGGCGAGACGGAUGGCCGUACCUUUUUGACAUGGACAAACACCGGCAGCAGCUCUACCAUUGCCGUUCCAACUAUGGAGUCCAGUAGCACCGAUCACGCAAGCUUAACCGCCUCCUCGAGCUCCUCCGGCACCGUCGGCGUGGGAGGAUCGUCCACCGAUCCCGCCGACCCCAACCAACCGGACCCGAAGAAGGAACAAGGGGGAACCAACAUCGGCGCCAUCGUUGGCGGAGCCGUCGGCGGUCUAGUCGUCAUCGGUCUCGUCAUCCUCGGCAUCGUCUGGUUGGUGCGCCGAAACAAAAAUCACGACAACAAGAAUAACAACACCCCCGACACUCUUGCCACCAGCUCCGCAGCAGCCGGAGCUCCUGGCGGCGGCUAUGCAGGUCUAACCAACUCUCCACCGCCGCCCGCACCCAGCCCGGGUAAUCUCGACCCAGCCCUCAACAACAACUCUCACAACAGUUACUACUACGCCGGCGGCGGCGGCGGCCAACCCGACCCUACCAAGAUACCCGCCAUGGCACAACACUACCCUGCUCCUGCCUCGUCCCCUCCCCUCGCCGAUUACAGCGACAUGAACAACGGGGGGCAGCAGCCACAAUGGAAUAACAACCCCAAUGGCAGCCCUACAUCAGGCUACAUCCCCCCCUCCAGCCCUUCUUCCACCUUGGUGUCCGGGGGUGGGUAUCAACCUAGUAGCGGCGGCGGUCAUCCGCAUCACUUGUCCAUGUCAGGACAGAGCUUCACGGGUGCACCAAUGGGCGGGCAAGGGCAAGGACCAAUAUACGGACCUGGCGGACAGCCGAUCUACGAGGCGGCGAGUAAUGCGGUGGGGGAGCCGCAAGAGUUGAAUGCAAAUCAUAGGGGCCAGAUGCAUGAGUUGCAAUAGGUGAGAUGAGGCAGGGGUGAUACCUAGUGUUUUAUAUGAAAUGUGAUAGAUGAACGGAUCGGUUUGAAAGGAAUGGUGGAAGGUCAAUUGGGAAUUAGUGCGUACCAUGCCUUAACGAUGAAAUGGGGUCUGUCACACUUUCUUAUGUAGAUAUCGAUAUCAUGCUUGUUCACUCAUAGGAAUGAGCCGGAUUAGUCAGGUUGUUCGUAAGAGGUGAUUGAUGUUUUGCAUGUCUUUGAUGUUGCAACCUUUGCUCGUGCUCUAAAGUAAUUGUGGGAGGUCAAUGACACACUGGUAAAUUUGAACAAACGACCUUUCGC